AUGCCUUGUGUUUCAGGUUUCUCGAUCUCUUCUUUUUUGGAGAUCCUUCUUAUAGUUCCUACAGUAAUUCUCUCAGUCAAACUUUUGAACACGAAUGAAGUACCCUUCUUUGAAGUAUAUAUCGGCGUCAAUACAUCAGCAAGUCCGAAUAAUGGAAUAUUCUUUGGUCUUGUAACAGGUAAUAUCAUGUCAAGCGUUCACAGAAGAAAGUUCCAGUUUACAAAUUGGUUACAAUUCCUACAUCUAUAUGAUUUUGGAUAUAGCUAUAUCAUUGAAGGUAAUCCAAAUAUUUCAUAUAAUCAUUCAGGAAUAGUAGAACAGUAUAUGAUCAAAACAGAUAAAAAUAGUGAAAGAGCAGCUUAA